UCGCUCAUGCAUUAAUGGUUCGCCUCUAUGUUUAUUGUUUUUUUUCACGCGUUAAGGAUUUUCAAACCGUUUGAUACAUCUGAUAUGUCAUUUGGAAUUGAUGUUUUUCAAAUUCUGGUUGUUUAAUUGAGUGAAUUCCUUGUCAAUUGCUCACUUUUGUUGAGGAAGAAUUUUCAAUUUCUGUUUCUGGUUUUGGCUUCUUGUUUUGACAGGAUUAAAGAUGUUUGAAAAUGGUAGAUUGUUAAUUGUAGAAUUCUGAUUCUGUCUUUGGAUUGAUUAAUUUAAUCCUACUUUGGUACCAGUUGAUAUCAAACAGGUUCAAUUGUGGUCGAGAAUUAAGUUUUGGACAUGUGUGGGAAUAAUUCUCGGUGAAUACAAGUGAUAUUGGAACAGAAAGCAUUUUGUUUGUUUAUUUUGUUUCAGUUGAUUCUCUGUCCAGUUUGGAGUUGGAUGAUGCGCAACGAUUGGCUAAACGUAGGUGGGAACGAGAACAAGGUCGGAAGGAUGUGACUGAAGAUAUGUCUGAAGAUUUGUCCGAGGGAGAAAAGGGAGAUGUCUUGGGUGAUGCAGUAUCAUUAGACAGCCCCAGGAAAAAGUUCCAGCGCAACUUCUCGAACUUAGAAGUGUGGUCUGAUAAGAACAAGGAGAAGAAGCUUUACAUUGUGCUAAUAAGUCUGCAUGGUUUAGUCCGUGGUGACAAUAUGGAGCUUGGUAGAGAUUCAGAUACUGGUGGUCAGAUUAAGUAUGUUGUUGAGCUUGCUAAGGCACUUGCAAAAAUGCCGGGAGUUUAUCGAGUUGAUCUUUUUACCCGCCAAGUUUCCUCUCCGGAAGUCGACUGGAGCUAUGGGGAGCCCACAGAGAUGCUCACCACAGGCCCUGAAGAUGCAGAUGAUUUGGGAGAAAGUAGCGGGGCUUAUGUAGUAAGGAUACCGUUUGGUCCUCGUGACAAGUAUUUGAGGAAGGAAUUGUUAUGGCCUCAUAUUCAAGAGUUUGUAGAUGGGGCUUUAGCUCACAUUCUUAACAUGUCAAAGGUUUUAUGCGAACAAAUUGGUAGCGGACGCCCUGUCUGGCCAUAUGUGAUUCAUGGGCACUAUGCAGAUGCAGGGGACAGUGCGGCUCUUCUUUCAGGUGCUUUGAACGUUCCAAUGGUUUUAACAGGUCACUCCCUUGGUAGGAACAAGCUUGAGCAGCUUAUCAAACAAGGAAGGCAAUCCAAGGAGGAUAUCAAUUCAACAUACAGGAUAAUGCGAAGGAUAGAAGCUGAAGAGCUCUCUCUCGAUGCUGCUGAACUCGUUAUUACCAGCACCAGGCAGGAGAUUGAUGAACAAUGGGGCUUAUAUGAUGGGUUCGAUGUAAAGCUGGAGAAAGUUUUGAGGGCUCGUGCGAGAAGAGGGGUUAAUUGCCAUGGCCGCUACAUGCCAAGAAUGGCGGUUAUACCUCCUGGAAUGGACUUCAGCAAUGUCAUCGCUCAAGAAGACAAUGUCGACUUUGAUGGGGAGCUUGCAGCACUAACAAACUCUGAUGGUGCUUCUCCUAAAGCUGUUCCUGCAAUAUGGUCUGAAGUGAUGCGGUUUCUCACGAAUCCCCACAAGCCAAUGAUUCUAGCCCUGUCAAGACCAGAUCCGAAGAAAAACAUUACCACUCUUGUGAAGGCUUUCGGAGAAUGCCGUCCACUACGAGAGUUAGCUAAUCUAACACUUAUAAUGGGAAACAGAGAUGACAUUGAUGAAAUGUCUGGAGGGAAUGCGAGUGUGCUCACAACUGUCCUCAAGCUGGUUGAUAGAUAUGAUCUUUAUGGGCAAGUGGCCUUCCCAAAACAUCACAAGCAAGUCGAUGUCCCAGAGAUAUAUCGCCUGGCAGCAAAAACAAGGGGUGUCUUCAUAAACCCAGCUCUAGUUGAACCUUUUGGACUUACAUUAAUUGAGGCUGCAGCGCAUGGACUCCCAAUGGUGGCAACAAAAAAUGGAGGUCCAGUUGACAUCCACCGGGCACUAAACAAUGGUUUGCUUGUUGAUCCUCAUGAUCAGCAAGAAAUUGCUUCGGCACUACUGAAACUUGUAUCAGAGAAGAACUUGUGGCAAGAAUGUAGAAAGAAUGGGUGGAAAAAUAUACACUUAUUUUCAUGGCCGGAACAUUGCCGCACGUACUUAACAAGGGUGGCUGCAUGCCGGAUGAGACAUCCCCUUUGGCAGACUGACACCCCUGCUGAUGAAUUUGCUGCAGAAGAGUCCUUAAAUGAUUCACUUAAGGAUGUCCAAGAUAUGUCCCUCAGGCUUUCUGUUGAUGGGGAAAAAACAUCUCUAACUGAGUCUAUCGAUACGGCCGCGGCUGGUGAUGAUCGACAACUGCAAGACCAAGUUCAGAUGGUCUUAAGCAGAAUUAAGAGGCAAGAACCAGGAGCUGCUGAGUCUGAAGCAGACCGGAAAAUGGCUGACAAUGUGCCAAGCAAAUAUCCUAUGCUGAGAAGGCGACGUCGAUUAAUUGUUGUAGCACUUGACUGCUAUGAUGAUAAAGGAAAUCCUGAAACAAAGAUGAUACAGAUAAUACAAGAGAUCUUUAAGGCAGUUAAAUCAGAUCCACAACUUUCAAGAUUGACAGGAUUUGCUUUAUCAACAGCCAUGCCAGUAUCAGUGUUAAUUGAUUUCUUAAGAUCUGGAAAUGUUAAAGUCAACGAAUUUGAUGCUUUAAUCUGUAGCAGUGGUAGUGAACUCUAUUACCCUGGUGUAUAUACUGAAGAUGAUGGGAAGAUUAGUCCUGACCCAGAUUAUGCAUCACACAUUGAGUACCGUUGGGGUUCAGAUGGUCUCAAGAAAACCAUUUGGAAACUGAUGAAUACAUCAGAAGGGGGGCAAGGGAAGUCUAGUCAUAGUCCAAUUGAUGAAGAUGUGGAGUCAAGCAAUUCACAUUGCAUUUCUUUCUUUAUGAAGGAUAUUAGUAAGGCAAAGAAAGUAGAUAAUAUGAGACAAAAACUAAGAAUGCGAGGUCUCCGCUGCCAUUUGAUGUAUUGCAGGAACUCAACAAGAAUGCAAGUGAUUCCUCUUCUUGCAUCUCGGUCGCAGGCUCUCAGAUAUCUUUUCGUUCGCUGGAGGUUGAAUGUUGCAAAUAUGUUUGUAAUCCUUGGUGAAACUGGAGACACUGAUUACGAGGAACUGAUAGCCGGAACUCACAAAACAUUGAUUAUGAAGGGAGUUGUUGUGAAAGGUUCAGAAGAUCUGCUCCGGACCAACGGAAGCUACCUGAGAGACGAUAUUGUUCCAUCAGAGAGCCCACUGGUUGCCAAUGUAAAUGAGGCAAAAGCAGAUGAUAUUGCUAAUGCAUUGAGGCAAGUUUUCAAAGCUGGAAUGUGA